AUGUGUGAUUCACAGCUACUUGCAGCCGAAAACAAGAGAGCUCCAUCACUCUAUGGAAUCUUCCCAUAUUCUGGUUUGAAAUUCUACUUCUAUGAGGAGUUGAAAAGUCAUGUCCCUGAGGAACACAAUAAAGAUAUCAUUGUCAAACUUUUUUGUGGAUCAGUUGCUGGUCUAUUGGGUCAAACCUUCACUUACCCUCUUGAUGUUGUUAGGUGUCAAAUGCAGUGCAGAGGUGAAGGGGGCAAUGGAGAUCCUAUUUCUGAUUGUCAAGAAGCAGGGAUGGAAGCAGCUGUUCUCAGGGCUAAGCAUCAACUAUCUGAAGGUGAAGUUGUACCACCGGUGGCUAUUGGGUUUACUGUCUAUGAUACUAUGAAGUUAUUGCUGGGAGUUCCGUCACGAGAAAACACUGAUAUUGUGGUAGUGACUGAAGGAAGAAAUACUGAUCCAUCAGCCCUUCGCUCCUAA